AUAUAGAUAUAUAAUGUGAAAAUAUCUAAAUAUUUCUAAUGCGACUAUGGACCUUCUAGCCAACUAGGAAGGUUCAUAGUCGCAUUUGUAAUGUUUAGAUAUUGAUUAAACAAGUAUCGUUGUGCAACGGAUCAUGCUCUAAUAAUAAAUAAUUAUUAUAGUAAAGUAACAUUCUCAGCAUCGCCGCUAGAGGGAAUCAGAGGACAACAUGUUCGACAUGUUGCAUUCAAGUACCGCAUGUACACACACGGAGGCGACAUAAAGCCUGACGGGGGUGGUGGCGGUGGAAACGAAGGCCUGUCUGGAACAAACGCAUGCAAACACACUAUGCUACAGCAGCUGUCGCAGGAUUGUGCGCCGCAUACAAAUGAAGGCAUUGAUCGUUUCCUCUGCUGUACCCUUGUCUCCAUUGACCUGAACUGGUGCACUCACCUCCAGCUACAUCCAUCCACUACACUGUGUUUUACACAUGUUCUCGCUACUGAGAGGAAUCAAAGUGGUUCGAAUUUAUGUUUAAAUACUGACCGUUAAUAUUAAGAAGGAAAUUACACAAAUUAAAUAAGAAUUAAACAUAAAGAAAACGACCUACAUAAUCGAGGUGAAAAAGGAAACGGUGCAACAGACGCGAGAUGCUAUAAAAUAAAUAUAAUAAUUAAACGUGUGAUCUCUAUAGUAUAAGUAAUUAAGUGAAUAGACAACAAUAAGGGUGACUCUAAAAGCGCACGCGCUAGAUAAAAGCGACAGAAUCGCCGAUCAGCUGAUUUGUUAUAUAAACUGACCUAGUUCUAAAUUACGGCAGCACAUAAUAACAGUGCGAGGCUGCAGAAAACGUGUAGCCCGUAGCGACGUUUUGAUUCAAUUUUCAUUUGCUUGCUGGAUGCUGCCACGAGGUCCGCAGUGCUCCCCGCCAGCCCGCUGUUGUUGUUAUUGUUGUUGUUGUCACUGGCGCUGCCCGCUUAAAUCGACGCCCUUUUUUUUUAUUCGCGGGAGCGCGAUUUAAAAUACGUCGCGCGGAUGUUUGCUCGCAGCGUUUAUUGCGGGGUCUGCGGCGGUUUUUGAGCGCAACUGUAUCCAUGUCAGUGGAACAACGCGUGCUGAUGUCAGAGAUUUUUCCUCCUGCCCUCCACGGUGGGAGGAUCUCUGUGCGUUGAGUCACGCAGCUGUCAAAGAUAGCUGUCACCCAGUUUCAGGAUCAAACACACACACACACACACACACAGUCAAUGAGAAAAGCGCUUAGACCCGAGGAGACGCGCAGAGGUCUCAGGUAACCCCCCCCCCACUCCAUCCGCAGGGCUCCAGCGAGGACGAAGCGCGCUUGGCUUAUCCAUAAACCAGCGAAAAGGCGCACAUUUGGAUGAAUACGGAUUUACGGACGCGCUGGGGAGAUCCGGGGAAAGAAGAAAAGCGCAGCGCUCGCGCCGGAGACACGUUUCUUCUGCGCGCAACGAGGCAAAAGUGGGCAUUUUUCAAACGGACAUGAAGACGAAAAAAGGUCUAAUGAUGCUGUCGGGGAGCGAGACGGACGACGAGGACAGCGUGGACGCCCCCCUGGACCUGUCGUCCAGCACCGGCAGCAACGGCAAGAGGAAGCGGAGGGGGAACCUGCCCAAGGAGUCGGUCCAGAUCCUCCGGGAGUGGCUGUACGAGCACCGCUACAACGCUUACCCCUCGGAGCAGGAGAAAGCCCUGCUGUCCAAGCAGACCCAGCUCUCCACGCUGCAGGUGUGCAACUGGUUCAUCAACGCGCGGCGGCGGCUCCUCCCCGAGAUGCUGCGCAAGGACGGCAAGGACCCCAACCAGUUCACCAUCUCCCGGAAGGGCAGCAAAGCCGGGGACGGCUUCUCCGACAGCUCCCAGUCCCCGAAGCACGGCAGCCCGGCGCCGCCGGCCGCCGCCAGCGGCGCCGCCGCCGACGGGCGGGCGCUGCACCCGUCCAGCUUCGACGCGGCCGCGCCCGGCGUGCUGAGGAAGGCCGCGUCGCCCCCGGCGCCCUCCCCCAGCGCCGCGUCGCCGGGGCCCGUCCCCACGCGGCCCUCCGUCAUCUGUCACACCACUGUCACGGCGGCCGCGCAGGCCGCCCCCGCCGGCCCCCACCCCCCCGCGGGGGGGGCGAACUGUGACAAGGCGGCCGAGCUGCUGCAGUCGGCCCAGGCGCUGCUCAGGUGCCGCGACGGCAGCCACCCGCUCCCCCCCGCCGCCGCCGCCGCUACCGCCACCACCAUCCUCAGUGGCACCGGCGUGGAGGGCAACCUGAGCCCCCGCAGCGGGCUCUUCAACACCCCUCCCCCCACCCCCCCAGACCUCACACAGGACUUCAGUGGCUUCCAGCUCCUGGUGGACGUGGCCCUGAAACGGGCUGCGGAGAUGGAGCUGCAGGCCAAGCAGCUGGUCUCCUAAAGGGAGACGCGACGGAGGAAGAGGAGGGAGUAGGAACUGACUUCAUGUCUCCACUAUGAAGCUCCUCUGAGUUCAGUGACUUGUCUGCACGCUACAAAGAACAAAUCCACAUGAAAGCCUGAUCAUUUCUAUUUUUGGUAUACCAAUCAAAUUGAUGAGGAUGUUUUUUUAUUGAAAACAUGUAUUGAGGUGCCUUGGCUGUAAGUUGUUUAUUCAUUUCAUAUACAUGCGUAUGUAUCUACAUGUGUAUCUUAUUUGCACACAGGGACCAAAAAUGUUAUCCGAGAAAUGCUGCCUGUCUUACGUCCUUCCACUAAACCGUGUAUCCUUUUAGAGAACAGAGCUAGAAGACGUAGAAGCAACCCUCGCUCACGGACCACCCACACGAAGUGGUCGCACCCGUUUUACAUUUCAAGCGUCAGUUCAUCGUCAGUCUGCCUCGUUUGUUUGCACACUAACGGCAGAGGAAGGUCAUCUCAGUGUCUUACACAUGCUUUGCUCUUGGCAUCUAUGACAAACUUAUUCACUACUGUAGUAAAUGUUAUGCAUUUUCUCGAGUAUAGUUUUGAUUUUGUAUUUUACUUUUAGCUAUUUUAAAAGAAAGACUUUUUUUAUUCUUUUUUUUUCCCCCUAUCGAGGGAUAUUUCAGAUGACCAAUGUAGCAGGUUCUUAGUCUGAGCCUUCAUCCCAUCACUCAGCGAAAACGACGGCCAGUGGACUGGAAAAUAAAACACUACAGAUGUCUUUUUUCUUUUUUUACAUUUGCUGUUUUGCAACCUGGCAAACGCAGCAUUUUUGAAAUCACCAAAAAGCAUUUUCAUGUAUUAUAAUGUAUGUAUAUAGUUAAUGUGAGAUGAUGCCCAAUGAUGUGAUUUCUUUUCAUACUGUGCAAUGUUUGUGGCAAAUAGGGGUCACAUGGGAUUUAAAUAAAGUUUUGUUUUUCUACA